UUGAAACUCAAAAAUGUGGUGUCCAAAUGCACCGCAGACAUACCUGGCUUGUUUGGCUAGUCCGGGGACCUUAGUAAAGAUGUUCAUGUCAGCUCGUGGUGGCCACUAAGACGGUCCUUAAAUACAGCAGGUGCUACUGGUGAAAAACAAACCCAUAUGAGAAUAAGAGGAUGCUACAACACAGUGUGCUGAGGAUAUGCCAAUUUCUUCUUUUGGCCCUGUGCAUUUUUGCCAGUGAAGACUUUGACUGGACGAAGAAUGAAAUGGGAUCAUUUCAAUAUGGCACAUUUCCUUCAGGAUUCUCCUGGGGCGCUGGCAGCUCAGCAUAUCAAACAGAAGGAGCAUGGGAUAAAGACGGAAAAGGAAAGAGCAUCUGGGAUGUGUUUUCCCACAAAAGAGGGAAAAUUCACCUAAACGACACUGGUGACUCUUCCUGUGAAGGCUAUUACAAAAUAAAGGAUGAUAUCGCACUGAUGAAAGACAUGAAGCUGAACCACUAUCUAUUUUCCAUCUCCUGGCCAAGGAUUCUGCCCAGUGGCAUUAAGAAUGACUACAUCAAUGACAAAGGGAUAGAGCACUAUAACAACUUAAUUAAUAUGCUUCUGGAGAACAGAAUCACGCCGAUUGUGACACUGUACCACUGGGACUUACCUCAGGCUCUGGAGGAGAAAUAUGGAGGUUGGCAAAAUGCCAGUAUGGUCAAUUUCUUCAACGAUUUUGCCAAUCUGUGUUUUGAGAGAUUUGGCAAUCGCGUCAAAUACUGGAUCACCUUCAACAAUCCUUGGUCAGUUGCAGUGGAGGGUUAUGAGACUGGAGAACAUGCUCCUGGUCUGAAGAUGAAGGGUACUGGUGCCUAUAAUGCUGCCCACAACAUCAUUAAGGCUCAUGCUAAGGUCUGGCACACAUACGAUGCCCAGUGGCGAAACAAACAGAAAGGUAUGGUGGGCAUCUCCCUGUCAGCUAACUGGGGAGAACCAGUGGACAUCACCAAUCAGCGCGAUAUAGAAGCCGCUGAAAGAUAUGUCCAGUUCUACUUGGGUUGGUUUGCCACACCACUCUUCCAUGGAGACUAUCCUCAAAUAAUGAAAGACUACAUAGGUAGGAAGAGUGCCCAGCAGGGCCUAAGUAGCUCUCGUCUGCCUACUUUCAGCCCUCAUGAGAAAAGUUAUGUCAGAGGCACUUGUGACUUCCUGGGUAUCAGUCACUUCACUACGCGCUACAUCACACAAAAGAACUUUCCUUCCAACCGUGGAAACAGCUACUUCACUGACCGUGACCUGGCUGAGCUGGUAGACCCACAGUGGCCUGAUCCUGGAUCAGAGUGGCUCUACUCUGUGCCAUGGGGUUUCCGCCGUCUGCUUAGCUUUGUUAAGACACAGUAUGGAGACCCCGUCAUAUACGUGACAGGAAAUGGUGUAUCAGAGAAGAUGAUGUGCACAGAACUGUGUGAUGACUGGAGAAUGCAGUACUUGAGAGAUUACAUCAAUGAAAUGCUCAAAGCGGUUAAAGAUGGAGUGAAUGUGAAAGGCUACACAGCUUGGUCAUUGCUUGACAAGUUUGAGUGGGAUGAGGGCUACUCUGAAAGAUUUGGCCUGUACUACGUGGACUUUGGCAGCAAAAAUAAAGCACGCUACCCCAAAGCAUCAGUUCAAUACUACAAGCGCAUCAUCAGCUCGAAUGGUUUCCCUAAUCAGAGAGAGAUUGAAAGCUGGAAAAGAAAGGCACUGGAAACAUGCACCUCAAGCAACCAGCUCCUUGCGGCAGCUAGAAGAAAAUCCAAGGAAAAUAAGGAACAUGCAGAUAUGCCAAAGGUUUGGCCUGUGCAUGAUGAAGUUUAGAUCCACUGAUCAGCCACAUGGAGAUGGUCACAGAGAUUGUCGUCCCCACCGUGUGCACUCUCUGCAUUCUCCUCAGUGCAGUUUUCCUCAUGUUUCUGCUUAGAACACGAUUAUAAAACAGACUGCUUCACAU